AUGUCCACCCCGGACCCCCCCAUGGGAGGGACGCCCCGGCCGGGCCCCUCCCCAGGACCAGGGCCUUCUCCAGGAGCCAUGAUGGGCCCCAGCCCUUCCCCGGGCUCUGCUCAUAGCAUGAUGGGACCCAGCCCAGGUCCCCCAGCCUCUGGACACCCCCACCCUCAACAGGGGCCCUCAGGAUAUCCUCAGGAGAACAUGCACCAGAUGCACAAAGUAAGACAGAAAAUGGGCAUAUCCAUAACUGUAAUGUAUAUAAAAUGUCUGCAAUGGUACCAUUUUAUGAUAAUUGUAUUGCAUUAUUCUAUUCUUCCUUUACUGUACAUAAGAAAUGUAUGUGCUAUCUAAGUAGGACAUGCUUAUGUCAAUGUGUUAAUGUGUGUUGUCUUUUCGCAGCCUAUGGAAGGCAUGCAUGAGAAGGGCAUGCCUGACGACCCUCGCUACGGACCGAUGAAGGGCAUGGGAAUGAGACCAGGUGGAGGCCACAUCGGAAUGGGACCCCCUCCUAGCCCCAUGGACCAACAUUCCCAAGGUACCAUACCAUGGUGUACUGAAUAGAUUAGAUUGCAUGGAGGAUAGAGGAAACAUUGACUCUGUUAUUGAAGGAGCUUAACACAAAAGGUUAACUUAUUAGCUUUCCAUAUGAUCUUAAAAUGGUGAUUAUGAUUUUAGGCUUAAGCACAAUUGUCUUUAAAGCCAAUUCCCCGAAAAGAGGAACUGUGAACGCUAACUUGUGUAUACGCAUGUGCACUUGCACUUGUACUUGUACUAUGAACUCAACCAGCCACUUUCUCCUCUUUCGCUUCUGUUGUUUUGUUGGGUAGCGUGAGCAGCAGACGCUCAGUGGAGGGGCAGGGCAUGAAGCUUCCUCUUUCAGACAAUGAAGGUGGCAGCUGUCUGCUACAAAAACAGUCAGCCACCAAGGAGAGCGAGACAGAGGGGCGGUUGAAAUACUGUAACACAGGGGAGGGUGUUUUUCUGUUGACUCUUCUAUCCUGUAUUGACUGGUGACAGAGGGCGAGGCUCAGCUGUAAUGUGUGCAUGUCUGUUAGAGACUGUGAUUUGUAAAGUGUUUGUAUCGCCAGUCCAGCUCAUAAUCAUAAUACCAGUCUGCAUUUUGGUUUUGGCUAAUAUUUGGCAAUUUGGCUAACAUUUCUUCUGGUCUAUUAGCAUCCAUUUUCAAUGUAUCUAGCCAUUUUAUUAGUCAUUCAAAUCAGUUUCCCACUGUUCUCAAUUAAAGGGACAGUCAUGCCCUACCAUUCCCAGGGAAGAAGACUUUUCUCACCUGUGCUGUUGUCUCUGCUUCCUAGGCUACCCCUCUCCACUGGGGGGUUCUGAGCACUCUCCCAGCCCUGUGCCAGCCAAUGGCCCUCCCCCCGGCCCCAUGAUGCCCUCCGGCCCAGGAGGUGUCCCAAUGGAGGGCAGUGACCCCCAGGCCAUGGGCCAGCAGAACCGCGGUGGUGUCCCAGGUCCAAGUGGUGUUUCUGGGCCAGGCGGGGUUGGUCCGGGUGGACCCACCCCCUUCAACCAAAACCAGCUGCACCAGCUCAGGGCCCAGAUCAUGGCCUACAAGAUGCUGGCUCGCAGCCAGCCCCUGCCAGACCACCUGCAGAUGGCCGUGCAGGGCAAGAGGCCCAUGCCAGGGAUGCAGCAGCCAGGGAUGCCCAAUAUGCCCCCUUCCUCUGGGCCCGGAGCAGGGCCUGGGGCGGGGCCCGGACAGCCACCAGCACACUACAACAGACCUCUUGGUGAGUGGGGUGGGCACAUGCAAGGUUAUGCUACACUGCCUGUCAAUGAGUUUUGCAACCCUAUGAAUUACACAUAAAUGCACAUAAUUACGGUCAAUCACACACAAAUGCUGUCCUUCUCAAACAAAUAAAAUAAAUAAUUUGAAUGCUGAACAGGGACCCCUGGUGGUGAAACUUGAACACAUGCUCUCGGUUCAGGCACCAUUUUCUACAUUAACUAGACUUCAGUAGACAUGAAUGGCCAGGCAGUGUCUGAUCAUAUCUAAUGUCCCCUGUCAUCUUGCAGGAAUGGUAGGCCCCAACAUGCCUCCUCCAGGACCCUCAGGUGUUCCCCCUGGUAUGCAGGGCCAGCCCACCAACGGACCCCCUAAACAAUGGCCCGAAGGUGAGCCUCAUCUUGACCCCUGGGCAGUGAUUCACCUGUGUGUGAGAGGGCACUAGUCUGUAGUGUUUCUAGUCCAUGUUCUUCUCUUUCCUGUGCUGAUAAUUUCACCAGACCUAUCACAAGAAAUACACACAUAUUAAACAGAUAAUCAAUACACCAAAACACUCUGUGGAAUGGUAGAACUAAUAACUCCUUCAAUGCCAUAUGUUCUAGGGCCCAUGGUGAAUGCUGCUGCUCCAUCCAGUGCCCCCCAGAAGCUGAUUCCCCCUCAGCCCACUGGCAGACCCUCCCCUGCUCCCCCCUCCGUGCCCCCGGCUGCCUCCCCGGUCAUGCCCCCUCAGACCCAGUCCCCUGGGCAGCCCCCCCAGCCCCCACCCAUGGUGCUGCACCAGAAACAGAACCGCAUCACACCUAUCCAGAAGCCCCGUGGCCUGGACCCAGUGGAGAUCCUCCAGGAGAGAGAGUACAGGCUGCAGGCUCGUAUCACCCACCGUAUUCAGGAGCUGGAGCAUCUACCAGGGUCUCUGGCCGGAGACCUACGCACCAAAGCCAACAUCGAGCUCAAGGCCUUGAGGCUGCUAAAUUUCCAGAGACAGCUGCGUCAGGAGGUGGUGGUUUGUAUGCGUCGUGACACGGCCCUGGAGACAGCCCUCAACGCUAAGGCCUACAAGCGCAGCAAGCGCCAGUCCCUCCGCGAGGCCCGCAUCACAGAGAAACUGGAGAAGCAACAGAAGAUCGAACAGGAGCGCAAACGACGACCAGAAACACCAGGUACACAGAGGGGUCGGGACUAAAAUUCAACACCUAGAUGUCAGGUGAUCCUCACAUCCUUGUAAGACCUCCAGUGCUUUGCGUUGUAUUGUAUAGACACUCAUAUUCUGAUGUUUUUGUAUAGGAAUACCUUAACAGCAUCCUGCAGCAUGCUAAAGACUUCAAGGAGUACCACCGCUCCAUCACAGCCAAGCUCCAGAAGGCCACCAAAGCCGUGGCCACAUACCACGCCAACACUGAGCGCGAGCAGAAGAAAGAGAACGAGCGCAUUGAGAAGGAGAGGAUGAGGAGGCUGAUGGUGAGGGACUACACAGCUGCACGGUUACACAUGCACUGUUAAAUAGCCGUAUAUCUAGUCUCACACCCAGUGCCUCUAACACCUGUCGUCAAUGUGUGUGUCCUUCCCUAGGCUGAAGAUGAGGAGGGCUACCGUAAACUCAUUGACCAGAAGAAAGACAAGCGUCUGGCCUACCUUCUGCAGCAGACGGACGAGUAUGUGGCCAACCUCACCGAUCUGGUCAGAGCCCACAAGGCUGAUCAGGCCCUCAAGGACAAGAAGAAAAAGAAGAAGAAGAAGAAAAAGAAGAAGGUGAAGAAUGAGGCCAAGGACAAAUGUUGAAAGUGCAUCUUUCUGAAGUUCCAUUUGUUGUAUUGUGUUACCUUGUUUUUUACUGCGAUAUGCAGCCCCUUGUGUAUCCCUUGUUGAGCCUAUGAUGCAAUAUGAUAAACUGAUGUCCAUGUUCCCUAGAAGCCAGAGAGUGCAGAGGGCCAGCCUCCUGCCCUGGGACCCGAUGGAGAGGUGAGUUGUUGCUCAGAACUGGGUUUGGGAUAGAAACAAUAUUUUGAGAUCAGUGACAGAUUUGGUCUGAUAAAAUCCAUACAAUAAUUUCCCCCCAAACGUUCUUACAAAGUCACCUUCUCUGCCAUUAGUUCAUGAAGAACAGUACAAUGAACGAAUGUAAGCCCCAUCACCUCAACAUUUAGCUAAUAGGACCUUCGUUUUAAUGUCCGGUAAAAGGCCAUUUGCCUCAUGAUGUGUUGAUAAGAAACUGAAAGGUAUCAUUGUUUCCAGGCUCCCUGCAGCAGGGUUGUACUGUUUUUCACAAGGCCACAGGAAUACUUGUUUAAUUUACCAUGAAAUGGUCAUAUUGGUAGGUAGUAUAUCACACAGUUUCCAGUCAAUUUCUCACUCACUCCCUCUUCCACUCUCAGCCUCUGGAUGAGACCAGUCAGAUGAGUGACCUACCUGUGAAGGUGAUCCAUGUAGACAGUGGGAAGAUCCUGACGGGUCUGGAUGCGCCCCGGGCUGGCCAGCUGGACACCUGGCUGGAGAUGAACCCUGGGUCAGUUAAAACACAGCUAGCUAGGAGACACACUUGUUUACCCAGACACCUAGAUUGUGGGAAUAAUGACACGAGAGCCUGAUGAAUAUGAAAUACCAUUUUCCUUUGUAUAAUGUUCAUCCUAUUCCAAUCUAAAUGCCUUUCACACUGUUGCAUAGCCAUAAGUACAUAAACACUGUCAUCUCAAAACAAUGGCAUCACAACUAAUCAUUUUAACCUUUCUCCUGCAGGUAUGAAGUGGCUCCUCGUUCAGACAGUGAGGACAGUGGCUCAGAGGAAGAGGAGGUAUGUGGCUUACAGAGACCACAAUGCUCUCUCCUAACCCCCCACUAUCCCCUCUAAUAUAUGUAUAUCGUAUUCCUCUAGUCGCUUUAAAUAAAUGUAAGCAGACCGCCGUGGAAGAGACCUUGCGUGUGGAGUCUGUGUUCAGAGGCGUACCACUCUUGCCUUGGGCUAUCAGAAACUAGGCCAAUUGCCAAGCUCAAACUAAUGUAACCCUUUCUCUGCAUUGUGUACUAUAAAGCUUAUAUUAAUGUAAAUGAAAACAUAUUGUGCUGUAAAUAUCUUUACUGAAACAGAGAUAUUUUCCAGAUUAAUCUAAAUCCUGACCAGUUCAUGGGACAAGCCGUGUUCUAGUCUCCAUAAAGCAUAUUUUAUUCAGAUGAGAUGACAUGUCUUUUGACUUGACCUUGGCUGAGACAAUUUGACCAGGCUGUGUGGCGUCUGUAUCUGAGUCAUCCUCUUGCUCCGUACCCCUCAGGAGGAAGAGGAGGAGCCCCAGCCCUCCCAGGCUCCCACCGAGGAGAAAAAGAAGAUACCAGACCCUGACACAGAGGACGUGUCCGAGGUCGACGUCCGCUACAUCAUCGAGGGAGCCAAGCAGGAUGUGGAUGAUGAGUAUAACAGUGCAGAGGCGGCGUUCGCCCGAGGUCUGCAGUCUUACUACGCUGUGGCCCACGCCGUCACUGAGACGGUGGACAAACAGUCCACACUGCUGGUCAACGGGCAGCUCAAACAUUACCAGGUACCCAGUCUACCCACAUCAUCACAAUAACAUGAUUUCCCAUACUCGAUGCAUGCUGUAGUGUUUCAUUACCUUUUCACAGUGCUUACAAGAAGUAACGUGUCAAAAAAGAAGAUGACGUAUUACCAGAGCCAUGCACACGUGAUAACAAUGUGAGACAGUAGAAUGACUGGUUUGUGUCCCUUUCUCCUCUAAGAUCAAGGGCUUGGAGUGGCUGGUGUCUCUCUACAACAACAACCUGAACGGGAUCCUGGCUGAUGAGAUGGGUCUGGGCAAGACCAUCCAGACCAUCGGCCUCAUCACCUACCUCAUGGAGCACAAGCGCAUCAACGGCCCCUUCCUCAUCAUCGUGCCCCUUUCGUGAGUGCCUCUCCUUUCCGCUCUAGUCACUUCACAACUCCAUUAUGGACCUGGACUGCUGCAGCAUUUCUGUAGUUUCAAUCGAGAUGUUCACCUGUGAUUUUAAAAGUCUGAAAGGGCUGUUAUGGGUAUUUUCCACGGUCAUGGAUAUAUUUGACUUGAGGUGGACAGAGCAAAUAUAUGUUUAUCAAUUUAUCUCCCGUCUUUGUUUUCAGGACUCUGUCCAACUGGGUGUACGAGUUUGAUAAGUGGGCUCCAACUGUGGUAAAAGUCUCUUACAAAGUGAGUAGCCCCUUUCAAAGCCUCUUCCAGGGUGAAGUUUGUUUGACAAUGUCGUAGUAGGUGCUCUGCAUGGACGUGAAUAUUCUUUGAUUAUAGUGUACUGUAGAUGUAAAGUUGAUGUGUUUUCUGGUAUGUCUCUGUGCAGGGCUCUCCACAAGCUCGCCGCGCAUUCCUACCCAUCCUGCGCAGCGGCAAGUUCAACGUGCUGCUCACCACCUACGAGUACAUCAUCAAAGACAAGCAAGUGCUGGCUAAGGUAGGGACCCACUUCUUCAAAUCAUCCUGAGCAAUAGUACACAAAUACAUUGACUCGUACCUUAGAAAUGGCCCUAGUCAGACAGGUAAACCUAUGGAAACCUCUAUUUCAUCUUCUAACGCCACUGUACUCGUUCCCUCUCAGCUGCGCUGGAAGUACAUGAUAGUGGACGAGGGCCACCGUAUGAAAAACCACCACUGUAAGCUGACUGUGGUUCUGAACACCCACUACCUGGCCCCGCGGCGUCUUCUGCUGACUGGCACCCCGCUGCAGAACAAGCUGCCGGAGCUCUGGGCUCUGCUCAACUUCCUGCUGCCGACCAUCUUCAAGUCCUGCACAACCUUCGAGCAGUGGUUCAAUGCCCCCUUCGCCAUGACCGGAGAGAAGGUGAGUUAGUCAGGGCUCUGGAGUGGUGUGUUUUGGUAAAUGUGUGUGUGUUUUGGAGACAUUGGGGUCAUCAUGGCUGGACUCUUACCCCGCUCUCUCUCGACCCUAGGUGGAUCUGAACGAGGAAGAGACCAUCCUGAUUAUCCGUCGUUUGCACAAAGUGCUCCGCCCCUUCCUGCUGCGCAGACUGAAGAAGGAAGUGGAGUCCCAGCUGCCUGAGAAGGUCAGACUCCUCUCAAUCACUUGGACAAUAAACAUCAAUCAAUCGAUCCUUUCAGUCCAAUCAAUGCAAUGUUUUAACCUGUUCUCUCCCUGUGUGUGUGUUCCCAGGUGGAGUAUGUGAUCAAGUGUGACAUGUCGGCCCUGCAGAGAGUGCUGUACAGACACAUGCAGGCUAAGGGAGUGCUGCUCACCGACGGCUCUGAGAAAGACAAGAAGGUAAGGAGGAGUGGAGAACCCCCUCAUUGCUCUCCAUACGCCCCCUAACAACUGACUUGGGGGUCAGUUAUACUGGGCUGUUUAGAUGGGUACUACAGGAUGACUAAGUGCACUUUUAUUGUGUGUUUCAGGGUAAAGGAGGCACGAAGACCCUGAUGAACACCAUCAUGCAGCUGAGGAAGAUCUGUAACCAUCCCUACAUGUUCCAGCAGAUCGAGGUACAGUGCAAGGCCCUACCUCAACCCUUCCAUGAAUUGAGAAGAGAUGUUGACUGAAGUAUAAGAUUGUGGUUGAAGCUUUUCAUUUUAACCGAAUAGUUGUGACUCGUCUGUUCACAGGAGUCCUUCUCUGAGCAUUUGGGAUUCACUGGAGGCGUAGUGUCGGGGUAAGCAAAGCAUCUGCUAAUAUUACAUGUUGAUGCUUCACAGUGUUGUGGUUGACCUUACUAUGUGUGGUGUGUUUCCUCAUCACCCCUCUGUUCUUGUCCCCUGCUCCCUCCAGACCUGACCUGUACCGCGCCGCUGGGAAGUUUGAGCUGCUAGACCGUAUCCUGCCCAAGCUGAGGGUCACCAACCACAAGGUCCUGCUCUUCUGUCAGAUGACUUCCACCAUGACCAUCAUGGAGGACUACUUUGGCUGGCGCAACUUUAAGUACCUGCGUCUGGACGGUGAGAGGCAGGAACAGGAGAGUUAUUUAGCUUGGUGCUGGGAAAAUGAAUUCAAGACAAAUUCCAGAAGUAUUUUGUACUAUGAGAAAUACAGUACUAUGUGUAGGAUUUGUUUUGUACUUACACUAUGCAGUUUACUAGAACACAAUGGCUCAACUUUGUGAUGUGGGGAGGCUGAUGUACGAUCACAAGCUGAGCUCAUGUUAUUUGCAGAAUGAAAAUGUAUGCACUCACUAACUGUAAGUCGCUCUGGAUAAGAGCGUCGGCUAAAUGACUAAAAUGUAAAUAUCCCUCCUACUGUUGUCCUGUGGAAACUCGUAACUAACACCAUUGGUCUUUGUCUCCAUAGGAACCACCAAGGCUGAGGAUCGUGGGAUGCUUUUGAAGACCUUCAAUGACCCAGCCUCUCAGUACUUUGUGUUCCUGCUCAGCACCAGGGCCGGAGGGCUGGGCCUCAACCUGCAGUCUGCUGACACCGUGGUCAUCUUUGACUCAGACUGGAACCCACAUCAGGUACAGCUCAUUACCCUCUACUGUUCACUGUAGUAUUAUGAUCUAGAAAUCUCACUGGAGUUAUUGAUAUAGAUGUACAUUUAGAAAACAGCUAGGAUUAGUGGCUAUUUAGGUGAUUUUGUUAGGUAACAUAGCCAACUCCCAUGUCCUGCCCUCCCCCUAACUCCAGUCUCUCACACCUCUCUUUCUCUCUCCCUCCCCUGUACAGGACCUGCAGGCCCAGGACAGAGCCCACCGUAUUGGGCAGCGGAACGAGGUGCGUGUGUUGCGUCUCUGCACCGUUCAAAGUGUGGAGGAGAAGAUCCUGGCGGCAGCCAAGUACAAGCUGAACGUGGACCAGAAGGUCAUCCAGGCCGGCAUGUUCGACCAGAAGUCGUCAAGUCACGAGCGCCGUGCCUUCCUGCAGGCCAUCCUGGAGCAUGAGGAACAGGACGAGGUCGGGGCCCCGGGGGGCUGGCGCGCUGGGGGGGCGUUGGUGGGUGUGAUCAUGACCGUCCACCACACUACCAACCACCCACACGCCACCCUACCGUUUAAUCUCUUUCUUUACUUUGUUCCCUCCUUCUCCCUACCUUUUACAUUUUAGUCAUUUAGCAGACGCUCUUAUCCAGAGCGACUUACAGUUAGUGAGUGCAUACGUUUUUCAUACUGGCCCCCCGUGGAAACGAACACACAACCCUGGCGUUGCAAGCGCCAUGCUCUACCAACUGAGCUACAGGGGACUAAAAUACCUUCUGGAUUUAGGGGCGGUUCCUUUUUUUAGGUUUGCCCUCUUUUUCUCCUUUUCCUGCUUUGUCUUAAAAAAAAAAAUGUGUAACCAUAUUUGUUUUAUUUAAUGAAGCUCCUUUUCAAUAACAUAGUAGCCUUUUCUGACUUUUUAAACACAUUUUCCCCAAUACCUAGCUGGAUGUCUGUUCUAUCUAUACUUGACAGUUAGUAGGAGCAGCAGUUUAUUGGUAUAAGUAUGCAUCACACCUAUUGUAGGAUAUUCACUCCAAUACAUGACAUCUGCUACAUGUUACAUUGCACUUUAUAUGAUACUUACGUAACUGAUAAGCAUUCAAGAAUUCUAGUUCAGAGACGUGGCUCUGAGGCACCACUAAUAGCCCUCUGCCCUGUGCUCACCCUUUCUAUUGUCUACAGGAGGAGGACGAGGUGCCUGAUGACGAGACUGUCAACCAGAUGAUUGCCAGGAGCGAGGAGGAGUUUGACCAGUUCAUGGUCAGUCCCAAAAUUCUUCAAGAUUUACAGUAAUGUAGUCUGAGUCUUGCUUGAGGCAACUGGAGGCUUGACUGUCAAUCUCCAGACUGAAGACUGCCCUGUAGACUUUGACACAACCUCAACCGUUUUUCUCUUUUCUUACACUGUACCUCCCCCUCUCCCCUCCAGCGAAUGGACCUGGACCGGCGCCGUGAGGACGCCCGCAACCCCAAGAGGAAGCCCCGUUUGAUGGAGGAUGACGAGCUGCCCACCUGGAUCAUAAAGGAUGAUGCCGAGGUGGAGAGGCUCACCUGUGAGGAGGAGGAGGAGAAGAUAUUUGGUCGCGGCUCUCGCCAGCGCAAGGAGGUGGACUACAGCGACUCACUCACAGAGAAGCAGUGGCUCAAGGUCAGCUAUCCAACUGUUGUAGUUGAAAAAGCUUUUAGCUAAUAAUUGAAUGUCCUAUGACUGAAAUCUAUGGUCUAUGACCUGUAAUGCAGAUGUGUGGUUCCCCCUCCCACAGGCCAUAGAGGACGGUAAUCUGGAGGACCUGGAGGAGGAGGUGCGUCACAAGAAGACGACCCGGAAGCGCAAGCGAGACCGUGACGACAUGCCCGGCCCUGCCACACCCAGCUCCAGUGGUGGUGGCGGCGGUCGCAGCCGUGACAAGGACGAAGAGGUCAAGAAGGCCAAGAAACGCGGACGCCCCCCGGCUGAAAAACUGUCCCCUAACCCCCCCUCCCUCACCAAGAAGAUGAAGAAGGUGGUGGACACUGUCAUCAAGUACAAGGACGGGUGAGUUGGUGGGCUCCUAUGUCUGGAUGACAACUCAGUGAAUGUCAGCACAUGCAACAUACACAAACACACUGACAACCUACUUUGUCAUGUAAUGGUCAGAGUAGAGCAUGUUGAGGUGGACUAAGCCCUGAGUUUCCCUGUUCCCCUAUUUCACAGAAGCAAUGGGCGCCAGCUGAGUGAAGUCUUCAUCCAGCUGCCCUCCCGCAAGGAGCUGCCCGAGUACUACGAGCUCAUCCGCAAGCCUGUUGACUUCAGGAAGAUUAAGGUAUGGCGCUAACCCAUUAAUAUAUCGGUUAUAAGACCAGGGUAUCGCAUUCAGUAAAACUGUGCAUAUGGGAGGUUAGGGGACUUAUAAGUCACAUCUAGCUGUCCAGUCCUGAUCUUCUCUAUCCUGUGUUGUGCUGGUCUGAUUCAUAUUCUGAUGUCCUCUCUUCUGUUCCCCUCCAGGAGAGGAUCCGCAACCAUAAGUACCGCAGCCUGAAUGACCUGGAGAAGGAUGUGAUGCUGCUUUGUAGCAAUGCCCAGACCUUCAACCUGGAGGGCUCUCUGGUGAGUGUCUGGCAACAUGGAGAGAGUGAGGGGAGGGGGGACCAUUGUUGUUGAGCAUGAUAAGAUAACGCUGUGGGGGGGCUGGAGUAUGGAGGGCCUGUUUUACAGAUCCGAGGAGACUUGUCACAACCUUUAUGGUGAAUCGAAUGGAACCUCUCAUAUUCUGAAGAAAUGUCACAGUAGCCUGUGCACCUGCUGCUGACAUCUUAUAUAUUUCUCUGUGGCGUCGCUCACCCCCCAGAUCUAUGAGGACUCCAUCGUGCUGCAGUCAGUCUUUACCAGCGUCAGGCAGAAGAUCGAAAAGGAGAAGGAGGAGGAGAGCGAGGGAGAGGACAGUGAGGAAGAUGAGGAGGAGGUGGACGAAGGCUCUGAGUCUGAAUGUGAGUGUUACAGUAUUUACAUAUGCACUUAGUGUCAUAGUCCACUGUUAAAAGGGCAAUCUGCCAUUCAAACAACAACCCGUCCCACCCUCCCCCCGACAGUGUCUGGUAAAUAGCUGACUGAUGGGGCUGUUGAAACCACUCUCAAGACUGAGCUAAGGAUGCAAGGAGUGUUUGUUUACAAUCACAUUGUUUACAAAGGAGUAAAACAAGAUUAUAUUUUGGGUUCUGGUGGGAUGUGACAAUUUAACUAAGCUCAUGAGGCAUUUAUAACUUAUAUUCUUCAAGAAUCAAUGGGUGUAUAUCAUUAAUUUAAAAGUCCAAAAAUAGAUGUAGCAAUCACAGAUUGCCCCUUUAAACUAUUGAAUAAUAUGUUGAACUAAUGUCCUUUUUAAAGAAUUGUAUACUCAUGGAUUUCUAUCCAUGCUUCUCUUUCUUUCUCUCUCUCCCUCUCUUUCAGCUCGUUCAGUGAAGGUGAAGAUAAAGCUGGGGAGGAAGGAGAAGGAGGGCAGAGGGAAGGGCCAGCGCCGGAGGGGCCGUGGCUCCCGGGCCAAACCUGUGGUGAGCGAUGACGACAGCGAGGAGGAACAGGAAGAGGUAAGACACACACACACACAUUGAGACACUACUUAAACUGUCAAUUUCAGCUUGCAUUCAAAGCUGUCUACUGUCCUGACUGAGGUUGUGACCUCUGCUAAGCUCUUUGCACUGAAGGAUGUCUAGCAACACUGAUUAAUGUGUUAUGUAACUCAGACCAGCUGUAUUUUAUUUUAAUUGUCUUAAACACUUACAAUUUUAAUUGGCAGUUUUCAGAAAUGUUUUCUUAAGUGUCUACAGUAGACUAUACUGGUGAUCAACAAGCUGUGUUGUAUUGGGUUGAAGGAUUUCGUUCUUCUGUUCCAGGCGGGUUCGGCCAGCGGCAGUGAGGAGGACUGA